UUGAAGAACCGAGCUCCAAUAAAUUGUGGAAUCGGUAUUAUAGUUAUAUUCUGAAUAUGUCUGCAAUUCCAAGCGUUUUCCCCUCCAAAGCUAACCUGGAGGGCAAGAAAUCAAAUGGCUUAGAGUUGCUUUUUGACGAACUAUGCGUGUAUGCAAGCAGCAAUAAUGGAGGAGUUCCCUGUGCGGUCGGGCCUGGAUUUCCCUCUGGAAGUGUUCAUCACGUUCGAGUUUUAGAAUUUCACGACGGAACAAACUGGAUCGUACGAAUCCCAAAGCGAGUCGAUAAAAGGACAGCUGCACGGAUCAGAAGUGAGGUUCACACGAUGACUCUGAUAAGAGAAACAACAAAUGUCAGAGUACCACGAGUAUAUGCUUAUGAAGCUACCGGCGCUAAUAAGAUUGGUAUUCCUUUCAUCCUCAUGGAGCGAAUACCUGGAAUAUCUGCCAUUGACGCUCGAGGUUUUUUUGAUCGCGGCAAUGGCAUCAUAUCCCAGGAGUACAAAUUGCCAUUCCUUAAGGCUAUUGCUGAAACGCAAGUCCAGAUUAGUUCCAUUCGUCUUCCAAAGAUUGGCACUGUCAGCAAAUCGCCAAAUGGCACCUACGAGGUCGGCCCCAUUCCAGGAUUAGGAGGCCCUUUUGACACCGCUUCUGCUUUCUUUGAAGCCCAGGCUUCAAAGAUCAAAUUCCCUCAUACUGAGGACAAGAUCCGUAGGUUGAUGCUAAAUGGUCCUGUUGAUGAAGUAGUAUCCUCCGUCGAAACUUUUCCUCAUAAUAUCAUGGCACUGGCUACUCGAUUAUCGCUAUUCGAUGAUGGACCAUUUCCACUUUAUCAUCCUGAUUUCUAUUACAGCAAUAUCAUCCUCGACGAUCAGUGUAGAGUGACAGGAAUCAUCGAUUGGGAAAAGUCUCACAGCAUUCCCUGGGAAUUGGCAGAAUUUCCUUUUUUACUUGAUAUGCUGCCCGGUCUGCUGGGCAACCCAUGCAAUUAUGACAAAGAUGGAACUCCACGGGAGGAGAGUGAGAGGAGAACGGUGGAAGACCGAGAGAUGUACCUUACCUUUGUUAAAGAUGCCGAGCGCGAACAAAGCCAAGAUGCAAGAUUAUCGAGCUCAUUGGGCAACAAAAGUUUACAGGAUUUCGCCUUUGCUGUGAGGGUCUAUCAGUACCCAGGAAAGCUGGCAAUAUACAACAAAGUGCUUCAACCUUUCGAGGAUAGUUGGGCAUCAAGAAGCAAGCAUCGAACAGAGGGCAAGCAAUUGACUCGGGAGAAAGGGCCACGGAGUAGACCUUCCGGUGUUGUCAGGGAGGAAUCUACCUUAUCCAUGUAGAGAUGUCGUUCUCCUCUUUACACUGCCAUCACGGUCUGCUUUGAUCACAAUCAGCGAAGAGAUUGGGACUUUUGCUGUAUCAUAUCAUAUGUAUAUAUAUAAACCUUGGUUGAUCAUCCAAUUAUCUUAGAAGCAUGCCCACAGACUGAAAUGCGAAAUCCAAUAAAAAUCGAAGCCGGAAA